UUCAUUAUUUGAAUCAAACAGCAGGGAAGACUUCAGAAGUUUGGCCUAUGCAUAUAUGUUUCGUGGAGAGCACAGAUUUUGGAUAGGAUUUUUAAAUCAAAAAAUUGAGGCGGGCUGAUUUUGGCCGAUAACCUUCGCCUAAAAAAUUAGAAAACAAAUCUUUUUGGAGAAAAUGGCGCUUAAAUCACAGUAGGUAUAUCGUUCUCUCUUUUUAAGAAGUCGGAACUGCAGCAGACUUAAAAUCAGAUCCAAAUAGUAAAAAAUAUGUUGAUUCAGCAUUUGCCCUUGCUUUCUUCAAAGAGAAUUAUACUGGCAUCGGCGUCACCACGAAGAGCUGAGUUGCUAAGAGGUCUAGGCCUUGAAAUAGAAAUUGUUCCAUCGACAUUUGCUGAGAACCUUGAUAAAUCAGCUUAUAGCAAUCCUGGUGAAUAUGCUGCAGAAACUGCUAUGUGCAAGGCUAUUGAUGUUACAAGGAACAUGCUUCAGCUGUCGGUGACUCUUCAUGUUGCUAUGGCUGUCGGUGAAGGUGAUGUGGCUGUCGGCGAAGGUGAUGAGGCUGUUGGUGCAGAUGUAACUGUAGUUGGUGGCAAGAGACCAGACCUUGUUAUUGGAGCAGAUACAGUAGUUGAGCUACAUAGAAAAAUCUUAGAAAAACCAGAAGAUGAAAAGGAUGCAUUCAACAUGCUUUCAAACUUAAGUGGAUGUGAACAUAAGGUGUAUACUGGCGUUUCACUUGUGCUUUCUCCAUUGAUCCCAGAUCCAAAGAUUGGGGACCCACCAGUGGUGCGAACAUUCUGGGAGGAAACAAAGGUAGAGUUUGCAAAUAUAGAGGAUGUAGCAAUCAAUGCAUAUGUCAACUCAGGGGAGCCCAUGGAUAAGGCUGGUGCCUAUGGCAUUCAAGGAAUCGGGGGAACAUUUGUAAAGUCCAUCUUUGGGUGUUUUUUCAAUGUAAUGGGAUUUCCCAUUCACAGGUUUGCAGCUGAAAUAGAUCAACUAGUCAAAGCUGGGGCUUUUGCGGAUUAGCAAGCUUUAUGUGCUCCCUGUUCACCGAGGCAAGUAAAGCUGCAUUAUCUUGUUCAGAGUUAAUGUGUUUCAAGAUUUGUAUCAGACACACCAAUUCAUGAUUCAUUCUUUCCUGCUGCUGGUAAUAGGUUUGCAGUUGAAAUUAAUUAGCUAGUUAAAGCUGGAACUGUUUCAGAGUAGCGAGCUUUGUGCAUUUCAUAUUUGUUGAGGCAGCUAAAGCUGCCUCAUUUUGUACCUGAAAUGUGAUUCAAACUUUGUAGUGGGUGUACUGAUUUGUGAUUGUAAAAUAAUAUUUUCUCCAGCAAAACAAGCAAUUCUACCAGUCACUUCUUUA